AUGGGGAUGCUCGUGCCCACUGCUCUCGCUGCAGGGCUGCUGAGCCUGUUCCAGCAGCAGCUGGACUCCCUCUGGAGUGGACUGGCCAUCCUGUUCUGCUGGUUUAGACUAGCACUGAAAUGGCUAGGUUCUGGAAGGGGACAACCACAGCCACAGGUCCGGACCAUGCCCGAGGAGACCCCGGAAGAACCAAACGAUUCUCAGCCUACAGUCCCCGUUAGCGUCAACUACCACUUCACCCGUCAGUGCAAUUACAAGUGCGGGUUCUGCUUCCACACAGCCAAGACAUCCUUCGUGCUGCCCCUGGAGGAGGCCAAGCGAGGGCUGCUUCUGCUCAAACAGGCUGGUAUGGAGAAGAUCAACUUUUCAGGAGGAGAACCCUUUCUGCAGGACAGGGGUGAAUACGUGGGUAAGCUCGUGAGAUUCUGCAAGGAGGAGCUGGCCCUGCCCUCUGUGAGCAUCGUGAGCAAUGGCAGCCUCAUCCGCGAGAAGUGGUUCAGGGACUAUGGGAACCUCGACAAUGUUGGGGUUGUCUUCACACAGGAGAUUCACUUCCAUAUUGGAUCAGAUAGUGUCACAGAGUGCUGGUCACUCAAGCAUAUGCGCUUCCUGAACUGUACUGGUGGCCGGAAGGACCCUUCCAAGUCCAUCCUAGAUGUCGGGGUGGAAGAAGCAAUAAAAUUCAGUGGAUUUGAUGAGAAGAUGUUCCUGAAGCGGGGAGGCAAGUAUGUAUGGAGCAAGGCUGACCUGAAGCUGGACUGGUGAACCCGAGACAAGAAGGAUACUCUGACCAGCUACGCGUAUCUCCACGUGAAGCUGUCCACCACCCGAGGUUCUUGCUCUCUAUCCAGAGAUGAAGACAUGACUCUCGGUUGUACAUCCUCUGGCUGUCUGUGGAUUAUCGUUACUGAGAAUGCAGACUGUAUGUUUGUUUUAGUUUGACUGAACAAAGAAGAAAGGGGUAAAACCACGCAAUGAUAGCUUAUAAAACAGAUAAUCUGCCUGUGUGCAGGGACAGAGUUCAGUUCCCAGAAGAGCGAGGUGCAAUGGUCCCAAAGACCAACGUAUUUAACUUGUGUUUGAAUUUUUGUGGAAUUUUACUGUGAAUCCCUUGUUUCCUUUCUCCUCCUCCUCACUUGAGAAGGUGAGUUAUUUUCUGCUAAAUAUGCCAGUUUUAUUCACCAGGAAACAUCACAAAAUAUGUCCUCCGGUGUCUAUUUAAAGGCUUUUCUGCUUUGGAAUGUUGGACUUUUUACUCAGAAGUAUAGGAAGAGUAGAAGGUCAUCCACUAAGUCUGGAAAAGCAGCAAGGGCUAUGUUGGCGCAUUCCAUAAAAGUCAUGGGAGCAAGGCCAGGAAGGACUCUGUCGGGAGUAUGGAGUGUGGUCGGCUUGGUGUAAAAGUGCCUGGGGCUCCAUGGAAAAUUUUCCCGAGGAAGCCUGAAUGAGACCCAGUCUAGGUCAACGUGAGAUGCACCAGAUGCUUCUCCGCACCAAAAAGGCAGAAAAGACGAUGAGACCGGGUCAAAUACUCUUCCUGUGGAAGCAUCGCGUGACUUGCCAGACCAGAACUGCAUCUCACCGUUUGCAAAAUAACAAUUUCCUAUCAAAGAGCAAAAGUAGUUGAAAGUUUUCUGUUGCCGAUGAAUUUUAACGUCCCUGAAAUUCUUCUGCUGCCGCUAGAGGGCGCAGAGAUGUCAAACUUCAUUCGGCAUCUCAGAAAUUUUGCUUCAGAGUUUACUUUUGGAACUUGGUGAAUUUUGGUUCUGUUUCUUCAGUGUGUGUGUGUGUGUGUGUGUGUGUGUAUG